AUGCCACAGUCAAGACCAAAGCCCUCGGAAAUAGCUGCUGAAGCGAAACGGAUAUGGAUGCCUCACAUCUGGAAACACUACAUUCGGGACUCGAAGACGUCUUACCUGUAUCCAGACUCUGCACAAAUACGAAUCAAUGUCGAGAAGCGAUCAUCACAACGGACGCGAGUGGCAGUCAUGGAGGGCGACCCCGUCAACUACGCCCUGGGCUGGUACCAGAGCGCGCUCAGCGCCGACCCAAACUGCAAACGCAUCCCAGUCAUCAAUGUAGCCAACGAGAAGCGGGCGGGCGGCGACUGGGAGUCUGGACUCAUGGCACCAGAAGAGUGCCUCGCCCGAAGAAGCAACCUCGUUCAUGCACUCACAAUGCCCUGGAACGCGCAAUUAGGCCGAGAGGAAAAUUACUACCCCAUUCCACAAAGAGGGGGAAUAUACUCGCCAGAAGUCUUCGUAUUUCGAGCUGGACCCGACCAAGACUAUGCGCCUUUUACAGACAUCGCCUCCCUUCCCGUCAUCUCGGUGGCACCAGUCCGACGCCCAAAACUCGACGAGAGUGGCUGCAAAUACUCGUUUGCGCAGGAAAAAGAACUCAUGAGGGAGAAGAUGCGGGCAGUGCUCCGGAUUGCCUCGUACUGUGGACACCGCAACUUGGUCUUGGGCGCUUUCGGCCUAGGCCCUAUAUUCCGCAACCCGGCACAGGAAGUGGCGCGCAUGUGGAGACAGCUACUCUUUGAAGAGGAGGAGUUCCAUGGCGCUUUCCAGGAUAUUGUAUUUGCCAUUGACAGUAGCAUGGUUGGGUCCCCCAGUAAAGGUUGUCCGUCUGACGUGGACAUUUUUAGGCGAGAGUUUGAUCCCGCAACCAUUUGGCCGACCAAGUGGUGAAUAAGCUUGAUCAUGGC